GGAAGGCGGGGCCGAGGGUUCGUGUCAUCAUUCUGCGCCGGCUUGCACCGCGACGCGCCGGCGGCUGGCGCAGCCCUUCGCUCGCCCGGCCUCCCCCUCCCUGGUUCCGCGCUGUGGUUCCGCCAUGGAAUCCAACAAGGAUGAAGCCGAGCGCUGUAUUAGCAUCGCUCUCAAGGCCAUCCAGAGCAACCAGCCCGACCGGGCUCUCCGCUUCCUGGAGAAGGCACAGCGCUUAUACCCGACACCGCGAGUUCGCGCCCUGAUCGAGUCCCUCAACCAGAAACCACAGACUGCCAGUGACCAACCCCAACCCACAGACACAACCCACGCCACUCAUAGGAAGGCAGGUGGGACUGAUGCCCCCUCGGCCAACGGUGAAGCUGGAGGCGGAGAGAGCAGUAAAGGCUACACUGCGGAACAAGUGGCAGCUGUGAAAAGGGUCAAGCAAUGUAAAGAUUACUACGAGAUCCUGGGGGUGAGCAGAGGAGCCUCAGAUGAGGACCUGAAGAAGGCUUACCGCAAAUUGGCCCUCAAAUUCCACCCCGACAAGAACCAUGCUCCAGGUGCCACUGAAGCUUUCAAAGCCAUUGGCACAGCAUAUGCGGUACUUAGCAACCCAGAGAAAAGGAAGCAAUAUGACCAGUUUGGUGACGACAAGAGCCAGGGAGCCCGGCAUGGCCAUGGGCACGGGGACUUCCACCGUGGCUUUGAGGCUGACAUUUCUCCUGAAGACCUCUUCAACAUGUUCUUUGGAGGUGGCUUCCCUUCUAGUAACGUCCAUGUCUACAGCAACGGCCGUAUGCGCUAUACCUACCAGCAAAGGCAGGACCGCAGGGAGAACCAGGGUGACGGAACCAACUACACCUGUGGCCUGUAUGUCACCUCCUCAUGGGACCCCAUUAUCCUCAGAGUUGCCCUAGGCCUGGGGGCCUAUGCCCACUUUUCACCUCACAUAUUUCUAUCCAGGUCAGUGGGCCAUGUCCACAGGCGAGUCACUGACCACCUGAGUGUCGUCUACUACGUGGCAGACAGCUUCUCUGAGGAGUACACAGGCUCCAGCCUAAAAACAGUUGAACGGAACGUGGAAGAUGAUUACAUUGCCAACCUCCGAAACAACUGCUGGAAGGAAAAGCAGCAGAAGGAAGGCUUGCUGUACCGGGCCCGCUACUUUGGCGACACAGAUAUGUACCACAAAGCACAGAAGAUGGGCACUCCAAGCUGUAGCCGACUGUCAGAGGUGCAGGCCUCCCUGCAUGGAUAGUCCUGGGCCAGCCACGCCACCGAGGUCCAAACUAUGAAAUCCCUGGAGAAUCUUUGGUGACAAGCACUGAGCCAAGGUGAUGGACUGUGUAUUUAAGGAAAGACAUACAAAGAAAAAAACAUUAAAAUGGAAUUGGAGGCCGAACGCCCGCACAACUGCCCUCUCUCUCACCCAGUAAAUGCAGAAAGCUCUUAGGACAGACAGAAAACCUGCCGCGGGGCUGCUUCCUCCCUCCCUGGGCUGGCAGAGUCUCCACAUCGGCUCUCUCCUAGGAUACAGAAACCAUGGCAACGAAAGUAGAAUGUAAAACUUGCAGCAAAUGUCUGUGGGAAGGGCUGGGGGAGGGGGUUGCCCAACUGCCUUUCCUCCCCCUCCCAGGAGCCACCACCAGUCACCUCUCGGGAGAAGCCAGAGGCGUUGGCCAAGGACAGAGAGGAGGAGGAAAGAGAAUUCUCCACAGAAUGUAAUUUAUACAUGCGUGUAUAUGUAUAUAUAUCUAUUUAUAUGUAAAUAGGCAUAUAUAAAGAUAUAUAUAUAUAGUCUACUUUUUAAACUAUGCAGGGAUUGGUUAAGUUGUUUAGCUUUCUUCCAUAUUUUAGAAAAUGAGGCGUAUUGGGGGAAGGCAACCUGGUAUUUCAAAAGCUAGAUAUUAGCUAUAGCUAACAGCAAAAGGAAAGUUGUGUCAUAUGCUUUUAACAUCCCCCCGAAACCCCAGCCUGUUUUUGAUGGCAGCAGUAAUCAUGAUGGUCUAAAUCCGUGAAGGUCGCCAGGUUUAAGGCUAGGCUGGAAAGAAGCGGGCUGCAGAGGGAGAAAGGUGCCCCUAGGAGCAGGUGCCAGUUCAGUAUUGAGUCAAGGCAGAGGCCUCUAACAGGACCUGCUCGGGCAACCUCAGGCUGCCCUUUCCUUCCACCAGCUCAGGUGGGCACUUUGUCCUGGUACCCAGGAGCCCUCUAGCCUCCUGCCCACAGAAUGGCAGGGCUUGGAGCGGGGCCAUGUUCUACCUAACUACUUCCCUACCCUAAGUCUCUAAGUGGGUCUUGCCUUAUAGGUGCCACAAGGCAUAGCUCCAUCAUUGCCACUGGUUUUUCCAAAGAUUCUUCCUCUAAGAGUCAGCCAGGGGUGCCCAGGACAGUGAUCCAACCCCUGAAGAAAAGCCAGUGCCUGUAGGUGCCUCUGUCUUCACCCACCAUGGAUGGGACUCCACCAGGCCUCCUCUCGCACUUUGGACAAAGGAUACAUCUGAACCAGAAUAGUUUUCUUACUCUCACCUUCAAAUGAGGAUUUUUCACAAAACAGCAGCUGCUGCCAGGGAAAGGAGGGAGGUUUUAUUUAUUCCCACAGUUUAUACUGGGCCUUUUGGAAUUACAUUUUUCCUGAGGCGGUGGGUGUGUCAUUGAGCCUGCUGUCUUCCAAAGCCUUACUCUUCCCCAAGCUGCCAGCCAGGAGGUGAUAACCAUCCUCCCAGAAUUUAUCUUUGCUCUUUUUUUAAAAGUCCCCCAACAAAUAGGAUUUUCACUGGGAAAGGAAGUUUGGUAAGGAAAUGUCAAGUCUGGUUUUUAAACAAGGUCCUAUCCUGCAACAAAAGUGGCCACUCCAGCCACAAAGAUAAGAACUGGACGUGGGCUAGCGUGCCCACCUGCGGUGGCCCUGGUGCUCUGCCCCCACCAUCCCGACUGUCUGGUCUGGGUAGAUGUCCCUAAAUGGGCUGAGCCAUGUGCAAUAAGAACAUAGAUCCUAAAGGAUCCCUGGAGAAGCUGUAUUUCUUGAAUUAGAAUUCUGAAAUUGUACAUCUAUAAAUAUAUGUUUAUUAUGUGA